AUGAAGAUCAAACAUCGAGUUGAACAUCUAAAUCGCCAGCUGGAUUGCUCGAUACAGGGCCUUCAAUUGGGGAUGGGUGUUCGACAGACAGAAGGACUCGAGUCGCUGCGCGACCAGAUCAAGAAUCUGACAUUGCUGUUAAAACAAUCGUUAGAGCCAUCGCAUUCUCUGAAGCCAAAAGAUCUGGGGCACCCAUGGAAGACGGGAACCCCUGAUCAAGAUAUCCGUAUCGAUGAUGGCAUUCUUGAAGCUUCUUCAGCACAAGUUCUAGCACAAGCACCUUCCUGGAUUAGACUUGGUAAGAAACGCUCAUCUGGAGCUUUGGAUAUUCCUUAUGAGACCCGAGACGUGGAGGCCAUACCCUUCGCAGGCGAGGCUUUACCGGCUCCCAUUUCCGGGAAAUCUUCGCAGCAGCAAAAGCAAAGUAAACCCCUGCAGCCAGAGAAGUCAAAUGGCGACGCGUUAUCUAUAGAGAGAGUGUAUCACCGGCUUACCAUGAAAUGGGAGCCUCUGGUAAACAUCACCCACCGGUAUCUUUACUGUCGCUCCAUCAUGCACAGGGGCGCACCGUCGUCAUUUACACCAGAAAUCACGAUUCCCGUCGAGGACAUAUGUCCUAGGCACAAUAAUGAGGGAAUAGUACGUGCUGACUAUGGCGAUCAAGACUAUCAUCAAGAUCCGUACUUUAAACAAUUUGGAGGCUACAACACGUUCCGUGCAAUUGUAUUAUUGUUCUUUCCGGGAGUAUAUUUCAAGAUUCUUGGCCAACAAUCCUUCAUAGCCGAUGAGCGGGGAAGUAUGGUCCACGAUUAA